GCCAACCGUGCCGUGAAGUGGACAACAGCUCGCGAGCCCGCCCUCCUUUUCAAAGCGUGUGAGGAUGUCACAGGGAGAUACUGUAUGUUAGGAAGCUAGAGAUAGACAGAGAGAUAGAGAAAGUACAGAUGGAGAGAGGGACAGAGUUAGAAAGGGAGAGGGGGAUUGACAACGAGGAGCAGCAAUAACAGGAAACACAGGGCGCAGGGCUUUGCUUUCCUACGGAGCGGAUGCACUGACCAGAGCAAACAGAAGGGCACGAGAGGAGCGGUUGCAGACAGAUAAAACGGGAAGAGGAACACCGCAGAACUAACCGGUUCUAACAUUAUCACAGAGAGAGAGAGAAGAGUCGGUUUCCGUGCGGGGUGUUAUCCGAUUGAAAACAGUCAUCGACGAGGAGAAUAGAAGGUUCCAUGGAUUCCCCUUCUGAUCUGUUUGGUCGUCAGUCCUCCCUGAUUUCUCCCUUUGACCUUUACCCUGACCCCUCCACCGCCCUUGACCUCCCCAGAAACCUCACACCCUCUGGAGGGGGGCACGGUCCACCCUACCCUGGAGCUAACCCCUCCUACCCCCUCAUCCACCACCUGCUGCAGCCUGGUGGAGCCCCCAUGAGGUCCGGGGGGGAAUUACACCUAGACAGAUAUAACAGGGAAGAGGAAGGGAUGGAGGAGGAGGAGGAGGAGGGGAUGGGUGGACGGUUGGUAGGGGUGGGGGGGAAGAGGCUGAGCGGUGACGCCCUAGUGGCGGACUGGAGUUAUGACAUGAUGAGAGUGAAGCGAUUGAGACUGGAGAGUCUAGUUAAAGGAGAUGGAGAGAUAGGCUUAGAGGAAGAAGAAGAGGAGGAGGAGAAAGGGAGGAGGAGUGCGGAGAGGGGGAACAGGGAGAAAGCGAGGGAGGGGAGGAGAAGGGAGAGAGAGGAGCUGAAGGAACAGUUGGAAGAGGCGAGAGAAAGACUGAAGGCCUUGCAGGAGAAAGUAUGGAAAGCAUUCGGAGAGAGACCCGCUCAGGAGGAGAAGAAGAGGUGGACUGGAGGAGAGCAGGAGGAGGAUGAUGAUGAAGAGAUGGACAAAGAGGAGGAGGAGGAGACAGCAGAAGGGAUCACUGAAGAGGAGGUGGGAGAAAUAGACGAUCUCUCUUUCCCCUUCAUCCCCUCUUCUCCCCAUUUCCAAGGCAUCGCUAAACGAGACCGAAAAGCGAGGGACCAUGAGAAAAGGAGUGAAGAACAGAGGAACGCGAAUGGAGGAGGGGGGGUGUUUUUGGAGGGGGUUCUGGAGAGGGCGGCAGUGUGGAUGGGGUGUGGGGUGGUGAGGGGGGAAUGGGAGCGUUUUGGAGGGGAGCAGAAGUUUGCCCAAGCUUUGAAACAGGAACUGGGAAGCGCUGUAGCUCGAGUCAUCGAUAGGGUCCUCCGUCUAUACACCCAAAACGAACCUCUACCUCCCUCCAUUCUUCCUUUCACCCUGUCACCCAGAGAGGGAGGGAAUGAGGGAGGAGGCGGAGGAGGAGUGUGGGCAGCCCUGAGAGAGAGGAGGGAGAGAGAACGGGGUGGAGGUUCACCUAACCACUCGAACAGAGCUCCGCCCCCCCACCAGGAACAAUCUGAAGCGUUGCCGUUGAUUACCCGUCGCCCCGACAACCGCCAAAACCAUCUUCUACCCCUCAACAACCACCCUAACAACCGAACUAAAAACCCUCUUCUCCCUCCUCACGCCUUCUCCCCUCUCUGCCAGCCUCACCCCCCUCACCACCACACCCACCCCGCCCUCCUCCCCCCCUCCUCUUGUCAUAAGGACUCCUCCCCCUUCCUCCCGCCCUCCUGCCCGCUCCCCCUCCCCCUCCUCCACUACACCAUGCAACAGCUCUUCACUCGUUCUCUCUCUCACCUUCAUCCUCUCCACAAAGGGAACCCUUUCUUCCCCCACCUCACCCCCUCCUCCUCUUCCUCUCAUCCCUCCUUCCCUCCCCUCGCUGUGAUGGAGGGAUUGGACCGGCUGGAUGGAGGGCUGCAACAUCAUCAUGAGAGGGAUGGAGGGAUGAGAGGAGGAGGAAGAGACGGUGGGAUGGAUUCUGGGAUGUAUCUCUGUCCGGGUUCAUCUCAGGAGGGUUUGUCUCCCUGUCAUCUGAAGAAAGCCAAACUGAUGUUCUUCUACGCUAGAUACCCCAGCUCUAACACUCUCAAGACUUACUUCCCUGAUGUCAAGUUCAACCGCUGCGUGACCUCCCAGCUCAUCAAGUGGUUCAGUAACUUCCGUGAGUUCUUCUACAUCCAGAUGGAACGCUUCGCCAGACAGGCUGCCCGCGACGGUGCACCCUGCCUGGGGAGAGAGGGCAGAGAGCCCCCCCUCCGCCUAGGGAGAGACACAGAGCUCUAUCGCAUACUGAACAUGCAUUAUAACAAGAGCAACGACUACCAAGUUCCUGACAGGUUUGUGGAGAUAGCAGAGUUAGCACUGAGAGAGUUCUACACGGCGAUACAGACUGGGAGAGAUAGUGACCCCUGCUGGAAGAAAUCCAUCUACAAAAUUGUCUGUAAACUAGACAGCCCUGUUCCGGAUAGUUUUAGACUGCCUGGAUGUCCAAUGGGCUGAGGAGAGGACACACACACACACAAUGCGCAAGGAACACACACACACACAAUGUGCAAGGGACACACACACACACAAUUCGCAAGACACACACACACGGACCACACACACGGAACACACACAAACCCACAGGGACGCACAUCGUAUGGGACAUCCAUACACACACACACACACACACACACACACACACACACACACACACACACACACACACACACACACACACACACACACACACACACACACACACACACACUGCAACGAAUGCAAGAACACACACAAUGAGCUGACUAAUAAAAUGUCAAAUAUGUCACUAGUAUAAAUACACACAUUGGACUAAUAGUAAAUGUGUUUUAAUGGAGAGGUAUACACAUGCUAUUAACUACUGCACUAUGUGUUCUGCCCUGAAUGUCUCUGGUUGUCGGUCGCUAUAGUUCGCUUGCUCUUAUUGGCUGUGUUACUCAAUACCACAUCUGUUGCUCGCUUGGACUGCCAGACUAUUAUAUUAGUUAUAUUAUUAUUAUAUUAUAUUAUUAUCAAAUAGCAUGUGAGGCCAUAGAGUUGGAGAGAGUUCUCGUCUUUUUGUAAUGAUUUCAAAUAGCAUGUGAGGCCAUAGAGUUGGAGAGAGUUCUCGUCUUUUUGUAAUGAUUUCAAAUAGCAUGUGAGGCCAUAGAGUUGGAGAGAGUUCUCGUCUUUUUGUAAUGAUUUCAAAUAGCAUGUGAGGCCAUAGAGUUGGAAAGAGGUCUCCUCUUUGUAUCUGUGCCAUUAUGGUGUCUGUGACAGAAUGGGCAGUGCCAUUGAUGCUAUCUCGGUUUUUAUGCUAAUAUUUGUGAUUUACCUCCACCUGCAGUGCUGGAGUCCUGAACCAAAUCGUAUGUGUCAUUAAUUUAUCAUGGCCACAAGAUGGCGGUGAUAUAGAUUAAAGUCAUUUAAAAAAUAAAUAAAAAAUGGCACCAAAUUUGAAAAAGAAGACAAUGGUUUGAUCAUUGGCUGAUUGCUCACAACCCAUUAGAAUCCCCACCCAGUUGACUACUUUAAAAUGGUGGAAAACCCUCACUGGCAAUGUCCAUGCUAAAAACAGGUUAUAUCCAAGUUUAUUCCUCUGACUACGUCUGUUUGAACCCAGAUCUGCUCUAUCCAGUCCAAAACCAUAAAGAUAUCUGGAAAUGGCUCUAUGGUCAAAUUAUUCAAUACAAUUCAUUCAUAAUAUUGAAUAUGCUUUUAUUUACUUGUACACUGUACUGUUGUUUUGUUGUUGUUAAGAGUAAGAUACAUAAACACACACACACACACACACACACACACUCACACACACACACACACACGCACACACACACACACACACACACACACACACACACACACACACACACACACACACACAGAUGGCCUAGCUGAUUUAAGGCAGCAUCUGUCUCUUCAUGGAUAUAACAAUAAUAUACUAAUGGUAACAUGUAGAGCCACUGCAGCUUUCUCUGUGGUCUCUCCAUCCACAGUCCUUUCUCUGUGGUCUCUCCAUCCACAGUCCUUUCUCUGUGGUCCCUCCAUCCACAGUCCUUUCUCUGUGGUCCCUCCAUCCACAGUCCUUUCUCUGUGGUUCCUCCAUCCACAGUCUCUGUGGUCCCUCCAUCCACAGUCCUUUCUCUGUGGUCCCUCCAUCCACAGUCCUUUCUCUGUGGUCACUCCAUCCACAGUCCUUUAUUCUGUGGUCCCUCCAUCCACAGUCCUUUCUCUUCCUAUAUUCAGGGAGAUUUGUGUGUGUGUGUCGGUGUGUGUGUGUGUGACUGGCUGACAGGGACAUCAAUCUUCUCAGAUAAUAUCAGUGCUUUGCACUGUGUGUGUGUGUGUCUCCCACUACGGACCACUGCCAAACCAAGGCGACUGCACCACAGUCAGAUUUCAGCAAUGUCACACUGUCCUCCAGACAGACCUUAUAAUGCCUUACUGACCACUGACACAAAGCAACCAUUUUGUUACAGGGUUCCCUUACUGCCUGCACUUACUUAGAUUGUUUUUAAAAUUAUUAUUAAAAACCAAAAACAUGUCAUUUAGUUUGAGUGAAUUAAUUAUUGUUGCCAUUGCUGAUACUGUAUUGUUGAAUCUUUUUACAGAACUUUAUGAAAACAGGUAUCGACCAAUAAAGAUACAUUUUUUAUUUGUCAGA